GGCACUGAAGUCUCCACCUGGAAUGUGGGCCAAACUCUGCUCUCCGGGUGCGGUCAUGUGACUCCCAGCUGAAUGAGACUCAACAACGGGCUGCAAGUCUUCUCCUGGAAACCAUUUCCACAAGCGCUGGAGAUCUGGAUCUUGACCCUCACCUGUUGGAGGAAGUCGCCCCUGGUGACAGCGCUCAGGUGCGCGCAGGGGGAGAUGUGCUUGGGGAGGGCGCAGGGUGCCACAGGACGAUGACCGGUCUGUCUCCAUGUCUCAGCUCCGUGGUUGCAGCUGCUCGUCUCUACCUGUGUGAACUCUGCCAGACAUGGACAGCCUGAGCGACGGGAGUCCGCGGCAGGAAGCGGUGGAGCAGGAGAGGAGCCCAUCAUCGGACAGUCGCCAGCCAGAUGUCCGCUCCCGCAGGAGGGUAGCGGCGGUGAGCUCUCCUGCUCUGUCCGCCGCACGACUCACCUUGCCGGGGAUCAUGGACGCCGAGGGCAGGGUGGACGAGUCCAGACUGAGGAUGCAUAUAUUCAAAAACGGUGGUGUGUCCCCCUCCGAGCGGGGCCUUGUGUGGCGUUUCCUGUUCGGGAUGUACCCGUGCAGCUCCACGGCUUUAGAGCGCUCUCUGCUGCAGGAGCAGUUGGUCGUUCGAUACCGAGUCAUGAAAAGAAAAUGGCAGCAGUUCCUCCCUUCGUCUGUGCGGAUGCAUCUCAACGGCACCGACGCUGAGCUGGUCGCAGCUGUCGGGUACUUUGACCAGAGGCAGUUGGAGGCCCAGCAACAGACCCAGGACCAGACAGAGGAGAUCAGGGACAGACUGGCUUUCCUGGAGCUUCAGGCACAGAUAUUAUUCGAGCGGGUCACGUUUGACCAAGUGGAGCUCAGGGAAGCCACACGAAUCAUUGACAAGGACGCACCGAGAACUAACAGAGACCUGAGCUAUUACCAGGGUGAAGGUUCAGGUAAUCUGUUGGUGUUGAGAGAUAUCCUCAUCACUUACGCUGCGUUUCAUCCAGAGGUCAGUUAUGCCCAGGGAAUGAAUGACCUGUGCAGCCGGUUCCUGGAGGUUCUUGACUCGGAGGUUGACACGUUCUGGAGUUUCUCCUGCUACAUGGAGAAAUUCUCGAAGGACUUCAGAGCUGAUGGUCUGCACCGAAAAAUAGAAUUGGAGGCAGCCCUCCUGAAGGAACUGGACCCACAGCUUUACACUCACUUAGUCACAGACAGCAUGGAGAGCUUCACCUUCUGCCACAGGUGGCUGCUGCUGGGUUUCCAGAGGGAGUUUGAACACAGCGACGCGCUGCGCUUGUUCGAGAUCCUGAGCUGUGACCACCUGGAGCUCAUCUCCCAGCAAGUAGACCGAGCCAGGUAUCAGGAGCGGCUGGCACAGAAACACAGCACAGAGGAGAGUCCAGAGUCAGAGCUGCAGGCCGUCAAUACUGACUUCACCUUUGAGCUCUUCAUCUGUGCAGCCAUCCUGCUAGAGAACCGGGAGUCUCUGCUGCAGUGUCGAGACGAAGUGCAGCUCAUCCAGUUCACUACCAGUCUUCAGGGAACACUGGACCUGAAUAGCACGCUGAAGAAAGCCGAGCAGCAUUUCUUCAACUACUGCAAACGCUGUGCUUGGGAUUACAUGAAUGGACACUGCAGGGAACACAAAAGCAAAGAAGAGGACUUUCUUUAUCAAAUCCGCAGUUUAUUUGUGUUGAGGUGAUAGCUGCUAUUUUAACACUUGAUCUUAAGAACUCUUAUGAAACAUGGAAAGCAUGGGACACACUAUUUAAUCCCUAUUUGGAGUUUUGAUGGCACGUAAACACAAAGGUUUUAUUUCUGAGGGAAAUGCACUGAUGUUCUGAUGGCUGCUGAACUUAAAUGUGUUUUUCUGUGUAUUAUAUCAAUGUACAGUAUUUAUUGUAUUGAGGUUAAUCAGCACCAAUUUUGAGUCACUCUGGUUGUUCUCCUAUAUCAUGAAUAUGAAAGGCUUUGUGUGUUAUUACCUCAGAAUCGAAGCUUUAAAGGUUCAGUGUGUAGAAUCUAGUGACAUCUAGUGGUGAAAUUACAUUUAGUUUAAAAAGGUGUUUAGUGUGUCCAGUUUGGGCUACUGUAAAAAACAUGGCGGCCUCCGUACAAAGGACC